UUAAGCCUGUUUGGUUGCCGCGCUGCCUCACGGGAAACGUAGUUCUCUAGAUUUUCAAGAAUCAAGCUUUUCUCUGAAGUUAUUCGAAUCAAAAACUACAUUUCCCUGAUGCUGUCGGCUUCGCAAUGCUGUCAACGGAUAUCUUGGGUUUUGGCUGUUUUGCUACAACUGUGGAGCCGCUUGCAAACAGCCCUGUGGUCGCUGCGCACAAAACACCGAGCCUUGCUUGUUGCUGACAAGCAUGUCAGAUACAUCAAGUGAGACAGAGUCCUCCUGUGGUUGGACCAUUAUCAGUAAUGAGGGGUCAGAUAUAGAGACACUGGGAUCGGAGGCUCUGGGUGAAAAUGGAGCUGAGCUGUUAGAGCGCCCCACUUUGGAAGAACCACAAGCAUCAGUAUCUGCUGCUCUAUGUGUUGAAGAAAAGGCUGCUGCAACUCUUGAUGACACACUGGGAGAACAGACUGUAGAUGAGACGCUGUGCAGUCCCAAGGCUGGAGACGGCGCUGCAGUCAGAGAGCAUGUUUUCUCCUCAAGUGAUCACUCUGACAUUGUGACUCUGAGAGACCUGAAGGAGGGUGAGCAUGCAGAGGAGGAGGCAGCCAGCACUGAGGAGCAUUACCUUGGCACCUCCAGUAGCAGUCAUUAUACCUUCACUGCCAUAGAGACAGGUUUGUUGUUGAGUCAAUGGAGACUUCCACAAACUCUGGUGAACUUGAGGCUCUGCUUGAGAAGUCAGCUCUCUGCUUUCCCAGCACAGCAGGCAGCAGUGACGAAUUCAAGCAGCAGUGAAGACGAGGUUAGGCGAAGCUCCAGUCCAAUCAUACGAAGAAGAAGGGUAAGGAAAAAUACUGCAAGCAUUGCGACUGAUCCGGAAGAGGAGGAGGAGGUGCUCUCAAAGUCAUGGUCCAGUGAGGCAGAGGAGAAAGAAGAGCAGCAGCAGGCUGACUGGGAGGAGGUGGCACCUAAUGCUGAUUAUGAGGACCGAGAGCAAGACAUAGGUGGAAACGUCCUUAGCAAAUGCAUCCUGCUCGCCCUCAUUAUCGCUGUCAGCAUGGGCUUUGGCCACUUCUAUGGCACGGCCCAGAUUCAGGAAAAGCAAAAAACUGUGGAGAAAGCCAAAGGGCUUGAGCACACAGAUGUGAGGGACCUACUUAAAAGGCACAUCAGAGAUCAGCAUUUAACCAAGCAGAGGAGCGACCUCAGUCAAGAUGACCUUCAUGAGCAACAGGUUAUUGAUUUGCUCUCAGAAGUUAUUGAAAAAGUAAAGAAAGAAAACCAGGAGCUCAAAGCAAAACAUGUUCACAUCAAGGUCCAGAGAGAUUACCUGGAAAAGAUGCUGCAACAGACUGUGGAUGAGAGGACUAACAUCAUGUCUCAGCAGCAGAGUCUUACAGAUGAAAACAUCCAGCUGAGAAGCUCCCUGGAGCACGAGGAAAAAUCUUUGUCCAUCUUACAGGAGGAGUUGAGAAACCUGCGCUCCAAUAUCCAAGAUCUGGAGGCGAGGGGAGCAGGGGCAGAUUUGCUGAAAGAGCAGCUGGAGGAGGAGCAGCAGAUGAUCAGAGACUUUCAAGCUCAGAGGGAAGACAUGAUGGCUGAAGCUCACAUGCUGAAGAAGAAGCUGGAGAGAGAGAGGAAGGUCACGGAGGACCUGAGGAGAGAGCUGAGUGCUCUGAGGGGUCACGUUUCUGAAUCUGGCCAGGAGAGGGGGUCAGAAGCAGAUCUGGAGAAACGCCUGAUGGAGCUGGAGAAGAGGCUGAGCUUCGAGCAGCAGCGCUCCGACCUGUGGGAGAGGCUGUAUGUGGAAACCAAACAAGGAAAGGCCAAAGGAGACAGAGAAACCAAAGUUAAGAGAACUAAACAGGGAAUGGCCGGGAAAGUGAGGGAGACAUUUGAUGCUGUGAAAAACUCCACCAAGGAGUUCGUCCACCACCAUAAGGAGCAGAUUAAGAAAGCCAAGGAGGCCGUGAAAGAAAACCUGAGGAAGUUUUCUGAUUCUGUCAAAUCAACUUUCAGACACUUUAAGGAUUCAGCCUCAACUUUCAUCAACAAAGCCCAGGGGUUUUAUAACAAGAAAUAUGACAAAACAAACACAGAGGAGUCAUGGCAGCACAGAACACAGAAACCCAGACACAAAUCUGCCUCCUUCCAGAACGACCGCAACACACGGAAAUCAGCCGGGAAAGUUCUCAAGGACCAGGAUGAGAACAACCAAAGGAGCAGCAUGAAAGGAUGCACUGGGGUCUUUGACUGCGCCUACCAGGAGUCCAUGAGCGUCUUCAACAAAGCAACAGACCCAAUCCGAGCUGAUGAGUUCAACCUCCUGCUGCAGAGCUACCUGCAGCAGGAGGUCGACCACUUCUACCACUGGAACGAGCUGGAGACGUUCAUCAACGGCUUCUUCCACAAUGGACUCUUCAUCCACGACCGCAUGCUCUUCACAGACUUUGUAAUCAGAGUGGAAAACUAUCUGUCCGACAUGCACGACUAUCACGGCUUACAGGACGAUGUGUUCGGAGACCUCGACGAGUACAUCUACAGGCACUUCUUCGGAGAAGGCCACACCAAACGUUACGGGCCACGAGGGCCGGUCCAGAGACCUGACACAGACUCAAAGGAAGACUGGAGAGGGAGGCACCAGCAGAGGAAGCAGCCGAGGGGUGGAGCCCGUCCUCACUGCGCACGGAAGUGGAGCCAAUCAGGAAGAAACGCAGACAGACACAUGGCUGAUGUUAAAAUCGAACUGGGCCCAAUGCCCUUUGACCCCAAAUACUGAAAAUAAUUCAUCAUGAUAGCUGUUUCUCUUUUAAAUUUUGUGGUUUAUUUAGAUGCACUCUUGUUUUUUUUUUGCUUUGUUUUUGUAAGUUUGCACAAUCCUUUUCAAGCUACUGAACGUCCCCAGAGCUGUUCUGUCUUUGACCAUUUAAAGGUUUCAAUAGAAGGUUUUAAAUUGCUGCUGGUUUAACAUUAAUACUUAUUGUUUUAAAGAAACUAUAAAACAAUGUCGUUAAAAAAGAAAAUUGAUUCUAAUAUAACAUCUGAAUGUGUGCCAAACUCAGUCCAUAAGGUUUAGCUUGUAGCUGUAUGUAUGUUUUAUUUGACCCGUUUGUGGUCAACUUUCAGAGUUCAGACGCUGCUUUGUAACAUUCCACCUCUGCCUCGUUUUAACUGGAUCAGUUUGUUUGAUUCCAGCUUUAAAUGUUUCUUAAAGGAAAGACUGGAAAAAUAACAUCUCAGCUACUUUAACUGUGGAUGAAUGGAAACAGUUUAAAAGAGUCUAAAGCAUUUAUUACAAUAGCAAAUUGUUACAUUUUCUCAGAGAAUAUUUUCUUUAGUGUUGUUUUUGCUGUUAGUGCCUUUCAUAAAUAAAGAUGCUUCUUCCAACUCUUC